AUGGCGGUGACCAAGGAGCUCUUACAGAUGGACCUGUACGCCCUGCUAGGUAUCGAGGAGAAAGCAGCGGACAAAGAGGUGAAGAAGGCAUAUAGGCAGAAGGCCCUCUCCUGCCACCCAGACAAAAAUCCAGAUAAUCCCAGAGCAGCUGAGCUCUUCCACCAGCUUUCUCAGGCCUUGGAGGUACUGACCGAUGCUGCAGCCAGGGCUGCGUAUGACAAGGUCAGGAAAGCCAAGAAGCAGGCAGCAGAGAGAACCCAGAAACUUGAUGAGAGAAGAAAGAAAGUGAAGCUUGACCUGGAGGCCCGGGAACGGCAGACCCAGGCCCACGGCAGUGAGGAGGAGGAGGAGAGCCGGAGCACCAGGACGCUAGAGCAGGAGAUCGAACGCCUUCGAGAAGAGGGUUCCCGGCAGCUGGAGGAACAACAGAGGCUGAUCCAGGAGCAGAUACGCCAGGAACGGGAGCAGAGGUUGAGAGGAAAGGCAGAAAAUCCUGAAGGCAGAGGAACCCCCAAGCUAAAGCUAAAAUGGAAGUGCAAGAAGGAAGAUGAGUCGAGAGGCAGCUACUCCAGAGAUGUCCUCCUACAGCUUUUCCAGAAGUACGGAGAGGUGCUCAACCUGGUGCUUUCCAGCAAGAAGGCUGGCACCGCCGUGGUGGAGUUUGCGACCGCCAAGGCUGCGGAGCUGGCUGUCCAAAAUGAAGUGGGCCUGAUCGAUAACCCCCUGAAGAUUUCCUGGUUGGAGGGACGGCCCCAGGGCGCAGGGGGCCCCAGCCACCCAGGACUGUCACAGGGCUCAGUGCUGUCCGAGAGGGACUAUGAGAGCCUCGUCAUGAUGCGCAUGCGCCAGGCCGCUGAGCGGCAACAGCUGAUCGCCCAGAUGCAGCAGGAGGACGAGGUGGGGCAGCCCACAUAG